AUGAGCAAUGCAGUUAUUAUUAACAUCAGUGCUGAUGGAGUGCAAUUACAAAUUGAUGAUAGGAUUGGAGCUCCGGUUGUGAUUAAAGAAGCCUGUCAUAUUGAUGAUAUUGACGCUCUGUGUGACACAAUAAAGAAUGCACUAAAUGUGCUAACUGUAAGUCAACUGGAAGCCGCCGAAAUUUUUGUAAUUGAAGCAAUACUGUAUCCAGUUACAUUCAAGAAGCAGUUGUGUGAUCUCUUUUUCAAGACGUUGAACUGUUCCUCAGCAACUUUUCUUCCGAGUCCUUUGAUGCAUUGUAUUGCAAAUGAUAUAUCUGCAGCGAUCGCCGUCGAAAUAGAUUACAAUUAUAUUACAUGUACCCCAGUGUAUGACUACCGUAUACUUGAAAAUGGAAUUAAAGUGUCGAAAAGAAGUUCUAGGCGGCAGAAUGGCUCAAGAAACAAUUCUGGAAAUAAAAAUACAGCAACCGCACUCACUGGAGACACGAGUCACAAUGAUGACGAUGAUGAUGAAUUUUCACUGAAUACACUUAUUAGAAAUGUCUUUGAAGUAUUACCUAUUGAUAUAAGAGCCAUUUUGAGAGAUCGGAUUUUUCUUAUAGGCAGAGACGUCGAUGAGAUAUUGCAAGCUGUUCAACCCUCAGAUCUUACUACGGGUGCGUAUAAAUUCCUGAUAUCAAAGGGUUCUCUUUGUGGCGGUCAGCAUUAUUUGGAUAUCCUUCGAGCCUGCGAAACAAGCCACGUCAUGACUGUAUCAAGAAAUGCAUAUAACGGCAAUUGGGCAACUAUACCAGAUUGGUACAAUAUCAAGUUCCUAUCUUGA